AUGAAAGAACUGAAGUCAGUUGAUCUCAUCGUGUAUGAGAGUUACAUUAUGGAGAAGCAGAAGAAUAUCAGUUUCUUAAAAAGUGGCGAAGCGCCAAAGGCAGGAAAACUGAAUAUUGUACACACAAAUUUGUGGGGACCUUUUCGAGUAGCAUCUCUUGGUAGCUCUUGUUACCGUGUCACAUUCAUUGAUGACCAUAGUAAAAAAGAUAAGUCCCUUGUAUCACAGGCUGGAAGGACUUAUACAGUUUCUCGGAUUACGAUGAAUGUGCAUAGGAUUUAUUGUCCCGCGGAAGCCUCAACAUCCCAAAGCAGCAAUGACCGGAGGCGGUGGCAAACCAAAAUGGCGUCUGUGGGCAGAAGAAGCGACAACGAAUUAGGCUUGAGGCCGGGGGACCAGAAUUGGCCUGAGGCAGCCGACGACCGGAAGCGAUAUCGAUCAAAAGCAAUGACGGUGACUGGAGGAGGCGGCGGUGGCCCGAAAAGCGAACUCGAAAAGCUUGAAUACCUCAAGAAAGUGAUAAAGGAAUCGCUGCGGCUAAGACCUGCUGCCCCACUCAUUCCACGAGAAACGACUCAGCUAUGCGAAAUCCGAGGAUAUAUCAUCCCUGCAAAUACCCGUGUUGUCUUCAACGCUGCCGCCAUUUCCACAGACCCAAAUGUUUGGGAGAGACCGCUAGAGUUUUGGCCAGAAAGGUUUGACGGAAGCAGAGUGGAUUUCAAGAAACGAGAGUUUGAGUUUUUGUCCUUUGGAUCGGGGAGGAGAAAGUGCCCGGGGUUCAACUUCGCAAUGGUGGUUGUGGAGCUUGCUUUGGCGAAUCUCCUCCACUGUUUUGAUUGGUCAUUACCGGAUGGAAUGAAGGCCGAAGAUAUUAACAUGGAUGUGGCGGUUGGACUCACGGCACAUAAGAAGGAGGCACUUCGCCUUGUUGCUAAACCAAAAUGGUGA